UGGACUUGCAGUUCUGAGGGUGUGACGGCGUCCUCAGGUCAGAUGUAAACAGACACCAGGACUGACGAGGAAGAAAUGAGCAGCUUCUUCUCUCCCAGUGUUUCCUCCACACCUGAAGUUGGAAAGUGUCUGUAAGUGGACCUGAGGUGAGUUCAGCAGACUUCUGGAGCCUGACGUGAAAGCACGUGUCGUUCUUAGUGUCAGAGAGCUGCGUGUGCUGCCGUGGACACCUCCUCUGGCCCAAAGCACUCACAGGCGGCCCGGUCCUCGCGCAGCUGCAGUCAGAGCGGGAGAUGUUCACCCCUCCACGUGCAGACUGCAAAUGAAGGGCGCAUGCACGAAGCUGCCGCUGGCUGAUCCCACCCUGGCUUAGGUAGUGUUGGGAAGUUGGGGUCUUUUUACUGACUGACUGACAUAAAUGUAGGACUUUGACUUUGACAGAAUAUUUAUGAAGUUCAAACUUCUCUGUCCAAUAACAAAGUAUUGAUCAUGUAUUGAUUGUAGAUUGACAGUGGUGUUUUCUAACUGUUUGUUCAGUCUGAGCACAGAAGCUUCAGUCCACUCUGAUAGAAAACAGAGGAAGAGAAAGGAUCAGUCCGUGAUCAUCAACAUGGGGCUCAAAGCUUCCUCCACCUGUCUUUACAAAUCAUGCGGCGCCAUCUGGUGGAGCCAAAGUCAACUGCAGGAUGUCAGCUGUCUGAAACAGAUUCCAUGUGAAAUGAUGAAAAUCAGAAAACUUUCUUGUCACAUUAGUCUUUGUUAAUCAGUGGAGGAGCAGCUGAUCUUUGUACAGGACAAAUGAUGACAGGAUGAUCUGAGUCCAUGUGCACAUGAAUGAUUUGUGUUUCCUCUCCAGAUCAAAGUGUGUGUGAGCUGAUGUGGAUGUGAGUUGAGCAGCAUGAAUCAGAGUGAGGACAGAGAGGAGGGAGUCCCUCCCUCUAAAAGCACUCUGUGUGGGGAACAUGACAGCCAGACCAAAGCUCAGAGCCCACAACAGACUCUGAGACCAGACUCUGCUGGACCUGAACCAGGACCUGGACCUGAACCCAGCUGUGUGUCCAUCAAGAAUGACGGGUCCAUUGGUCGCUUCAUUGAAUUUAAAGUUGUCCGACCGUCUGCUGCACAGAGGAGGAAGCUGGAAGAACCACAACCCAGAACAGUGUCCAUGAAGAGUGACGAGUCUAUGGGUCAACCUAUAUCCUUCAAAGAUGGACGUCAGUCUGUUGAUCAAAGUGCUGGAGAAGGAGUGGGUGCUGCCAAUGAAGUGGUUGGAGUAGAGGAAACCACUUCCAAGAGAGACAAACAGGAAGACUUACAGGGCAGUGGUUCACAAAAGAAACACAAGAAGCACAAAAAACACAAAAGUAAGAAGAAAAGGAGGAACAGAGAGAAGGACAAGGAGAGCAGUUCAGAGUCUGGGACAGAAUUGGACAGGGGAACCAAUCAUCAGCCAAGAAGAGGAACAUCAAAAGAGGCAAAUAUGGAACAAGGUGUGGAUAAUGAAAGUAAUUCCAGAUGUCACAAGCGGAACUUAACAGGAAAAAGGAAGAAAAAGAAGAAGAGGCGGAAAGGUGAAGAGAACUCAUCAGAUUCUGACUCAGAGUUCAUGUCUAAGCAGAGGGAUAGUAAAUGUGGUCAAAGCUUAUCGCCAAGAAGACGAGAGGAGUUGCCUGAUAUCAUCCCAAAGCAGGACAGCUCCAAUAAAAGAAGAGGAGAUAAGGAAUGUCAUGGCAGGAGAAGUUGUCGUUCCUGUUCACAGUUACAUUCCUACUCCUAUUCACAUUCCUGCUCAGUAGGGAGGAACUCUCAUGCUUGGUCUAAAAACCACCACCGAAGAUCGAGGACUCGCUCCUUAUCCAGUACACAGCGCCCCAGGACACGGUCCAGCUCCUCAGAGAAGAGGAGAGCUUUGGAUGAACCCAUACAGUCCACCCAAGGUCCUUUUAAAGGCCUCCAGUCAUCUCAGCAGGCCUCCAGCCCGGUCAGAAGUAACAUUAAACCAGAGGAACUGACAGAGUCAAGUAUAGAGCUGCAGAGCCCUGAGCAGAGUGAAAAGCCAUCAGAGAAAAAAGAUGAGAAAGCAGAGGACACAACACAAAAACUAGGUUCUGGUUCAUCACAUUUUGUACUAAACCAGUCCAUAUCAGCUGAACCUGACCAGAGCACUGAGCCCAGCUUCCCUCAGCUAAAAGGAGCAGAAUACCCCAGGUCAUUUUCCACUAAUGUCAAAUUACCAGCAAAGAAGAAGAGGAAACCAUCUAAGUCCCCACUGAGGAAAAAAGAAGGAAAGUCAUCAAAGAGGCAGAAACAAUCCAUGUCACCAUGCAGGAGCCACAGGAGGGGAUCUAGAUCCAGGAGCCUUUCAAAAAGGAAGAGAUCAAGGUCAAGGUCUGGAGGCCGGAGAUCACGAAGGUCACACUCGCGGUCAGUGUCACGGGGUCGGAGGAGGGCUACAUACAACCAGAGGGACCGUUGGAAAAGAGAACCAAGUCACUCCCCUGUACUCAUCCUCCGAAAAAAUAGAUCCCCCAUUCGGAAACACUGCAGUUCGAGCAAUAGCCCUCAACGCAUCAGUGAACUGGAUAAGGACCAGUUGUUGGAAAUUGCCAAGGCCAAUGCAGCUGCCAUGUGUGCCAAAGCAGGUAUGCCCAUCCCUGCCAACAUGAGGUCUGCAGUGCUUCCCCUGGCUCUGCCAAUGGCCAUGAAUGCUGCUAUGGCCAGUAUGACUGCUGCCACCAUGACAGCAGCCUUGUCUAACAUAGGUACUCUGUCUUCAUUGCUCCCACUGCCCUCCAUUACCAACAAGCCACCUCCUGUCCCUGCCCAACACAAUAUUUUGGCUUUGGAGGAAGUGAAGAGGAAAGUAGUGAAGCAGGCCAACAGCAUCAGCAUCAAGGAGUUUACUGAUGUAAGGAAAUGCAAAAUGAUUGUGGACAGUAAAGGAGAGCUACCAGUGGCAGUUCCUCAUGUUUCAGACGAAGAGGAUGAUGGGAAACCCUUUGGAGGAUCAGCUCUUCGAGAACAAAAAGUCAUCAGCUUCAGCAUCAACAACACAACAGUUCGUCCAACAGUGCGAAGUGAUGCAGGCAUGGCCAAGGAGUUUCCUGUGUCUUCAGGAUCCCAACAUCGUAAGAAGGAGGGCGAGGCUCUGGGUGUCUAUGGAGAAUGGGUUCCAGUUGACAAAACAACAGACAAAGCUGCAGCUAUCUCCAGAAAGGCCCUGACCACUGUUCCCAUAACGACAGCUACCUCAUCAUCAGGUGAAACGACAGCAGCAGGGUUACCACAGAUUGUCAAACAGCCAGCAUUUGUGCCUGAUGACAGUGUUUUUCCUGAUCCACUAUUGCAGCCAGUAGAUAUCUCUCAGGCUGUAACUGAGAGAAUCAAAGCUCAGAGGCGAUUAGCUGAGAACCCCUAUGAUGUCAGUGCCAUCUGCAUGCUCAGCCGGGCACAAGAACAGGUGGAUGCAUGGGCUCAAUCCAGCACUGUUCCUGGUCUUUUCACUGGUUCAACAGGAGCCCAGGUGCUUAGCUCAGAGGAGCUUUCCACCGGUGGACCACAAGCAUGGUUGAAGAAGGACCAGUUCCUCAGGGCAGCUCCAGUAUCUGGGGGUGUUGGGGAGUUCCUGAUGAGAAAGAUGGGUUGGAAGACAGGAGAGGGCCUUGGGAGGAACCGUGAGGGUACCGUGGAGCCAAUCAUCAUUGACUUCAAGGUCGACCGCAAAGGACUAGUUGCUGAAGGAGAAAAGCCACAGAAGCAGACAGGAGGACUGGUGGUAACCAAGGAUCUAAUGGGAAAGCAUCCAGUGUCUGCUCUCAUUGAGUUGUGUAAUAAGAGACGGAUAAUGCAGCCAGACUUUGUCAUGGUUCAUCACAGUGGUCCUGACCACCGCAAGAAUUUCCUCUUCAAGGUCACAGUGAAUGGAGUGGACUACCAACCCCAAACAGCUAGUCCCAAUAAGAAACAUGCCAAGGCCAUGGCAGCUACAGUUGCGCUGCAGGCUCUUGGAGAGGUUCCUGUUGAUGGACCAGGACUCUAUACUGGCCCUGUCUUCACUGCUGCUUCUACUGGCCCCCUGUUCUCUACAUAGACAUACACACAAUAGUGGGGCUAACAUAUUUUACAUAGUUCAACUGUUUCACUACAAUCUCACUUUACUUGUGGGACACUGACACAGUUUUUCUAUUUUAUUUUAUUUUUUUUAGUCCCAUUUAAUAACCGGUCCAUCAUUGCCACUCUGAUGGCUUAUUUAUAUACUAAGAAAUUAAUAAAUAUUUUAGGUACACAUCAGUACCAAUCAUGAAAACCAGUCUGGCUUCAGGUGACACAGAUUUUAUAUUCACAAAAUCACACUUUCUUAAUUUACUAAGCUCAUAACAUGCUGGUAAAUAUAUUUGCCAAGUUGUUAGGAUUGGGAAAGAGAGAACUAUAUGUAUGUAUGUAUGUAUGUAUGUAUGUAUGUAUCUACAAAUGUAUCUAUGAAUGUAUCUAUGAAUGUAUGGAUGAAUGAUAGAUAUAGUAGCAUUUCAGCUCAAACAGCAUGUUAAUACUUCAGAAUGAAAUGAAAAGUUAAUCUAAAUGACUGUGUCUUGUUGGUUAGCAACUUUUCUGUUGGUCCUGAUAUUACAUUUGCGGCCUGAACCUCUAACAAAAUGUUUCUCAUAAAAGAGACUGUUAAAUUUUAUGGAACUAACCAUCUGAAAAUGUUAACAGAAAUAAAGAUUAUAUUUAUGUUAUGUAGAA